UUACAGAACAAACGGAUAUUCCAAAACCAACCCCCCGAAUAUUCUGCUCUCACCGUUAUAUCUCCCUCUCUCGCCCUUUCCGAUCCUCAUUUUCCCUCACUUUUCCUCUUUCCCUUGUAUUUUCUCUCUACACAAACAUGAAAUUUGGUAAGAGCCUCAGCAACCAGAUCGAGGAGACCUUGCCUGAGUGGCGAGACAAGUUCCUCUCCUAUAAGGAGCUCAAGAAGAGGUUGAAGCUCCUGCAGCCUAAGAAAGCUGGUGAGAGGCCGGAGAAACGGCCCAGAUUCGACGAGUGCACGGCCUCCGGAGAUGAUAAUAAGGCCAGUGCUAGUGGUAUGUCAAGAGAAGAAGUCGAUUUUAUAAGCUUGUUGGAGGACGAGAUGGAGAAAUUCAAUACCUUCUUUGUUGAGCAGGAGGAAGAAUACAUCAUCAGAUUAAAGGAACUACAAGAUGCAGUGGCAAAGGCAAUGAAUUCCAAUGAACAGAUGAUGAAAAUUCGGAAGGAGAUUGUGGACUUCCAUGGAGAGAUGGUUUUAUUGGAGAAUUACAGUGCUCUUAACUAUACAGGAUUGGCAAAAAUACUGAAGAAGUAUGAUAAAAGAACCGGUGCGUUAAUUCGCCUACCUUUCAUUCAGAGGGUAUUGCGGCAGCCCUUCUUCACCACCGACAUGCUUUACAAGCUGGUGAAGCAAUGUGAGACAAUGCUCGACACCCUCUUCCCAAUUGUAAACGAAAAGCCGGUUUCAGAAGCUGCUCCUGACGGGGAAGACGGCUCUGAUCCAACAACUUCGUCAGCAUCAAAAGAUGUUAAUCUUCUCACCAUGCCCAAAGAACUUGCAGAGAUUGAGUACAUGGAGAGCUUGUACAUGAAGAGUACUAUUUCAGCCUUGCGGGCUUUGAAGGAAAUUCGGAGUGGAAGCUCCACUGUUAGCGUUUUUUCAUUGCCCCCACUGGACGAUACAUGGAAGAAAAUCCCUCUUCUUGAACAGGAAGCUAAGUAAUUGGACCCUCGGAGAUAGUCUCUUUCGUCAUUUAUCGUUUACUUUUUUUCACUUUUAUGCAUCAUCCAUGGAUGCUUUAGAUUACACUAACACGGAUGUAAAAUGCUAAAUUUAGGGGGCAACAAAUUAAUAUAAUCAUAAGUUACAUUAUCGUGA